AUGAUACAUCAAAGAUCACAUGACAUAAAGAUGGCAGCUGUCAGCUGGUUUGGAUUUGUUACUGCGUUUUCUAUAAUCGCAACAUGUCAGGCAGUGGACAGCGUAAGACUGAUGAUUCUCGGGGACUGGGGAGGCCUACCCAGUUUCCCUUACCACACAGCAAUAGAAGUAGGCGUGGCAAAGCAAAUGUCUACCGUGGCCAAGAAGUUUGGUCCACAAGCCAUCUUAGCACUGGGGGACAAUUUCUAUUUUGAUGGAGUAAAAAACUCUGAUGAUAAAAGAUUUGAGGAGACGUUUGAGAAAGUAUUUGCUGUUCAGCCUGGACUCGAUUCCAUUCCUUGGAAUCUAGUGGCUGGUAACCAUGAUCACAAUGGAAACGUCACUGGCCAGAUAGAGUACACCAAACGAUCCAAAAUCUGGAGAUUCCCAAAUUAUUACUAUUCUCUGUCCUAUAACAUCCCAGGAGGGGGCGUGGUCCAGAUUUUGAUGAUUGACACAGUACUGCUCUGUGGGAACACAGGUGAUGACUUUCUCCACGAUCAGCCACAUGGACCCGUGGACCUAGAUAAAGCUGACGACCAGCUGGCCUGGAUCACUCAGAGCAUGAAAAACAGCAGUGCGGACUACCUGUUUGUUGCGGGACAUUUCCCAGUGUACUCCAUUGCUGAACACGGCCCCACCAAGUGCCUGAUUGACAAAGUGUUGCCCCUCCUCCAACAGUACAACGCAGUCUAUCUAAGUGGACAUGACCACAAUUUACAGCAUCUACAAAUCACCAAACCAGGCCUUAACCUGAACUUCUUUGUGAUUGGAGCAGCAAACUUUGCUGACAACAGCAACUCUCACGCCAAAGAUGUUCCAUCAGGCUCUUCAAAGUUUUUCUGGGUAAAAGAGAGUGACUUUGGAGGAUUUGCCUACAUGGAAAUCGUGAAACAGAACACUACUUUCACUUUCAUUAAUGGCAAGGGGAACACUCUGUACCAAAAGAUGUUGUUUCCUCGCAGAACCCCACAUCACAGCUAAAUGGGGAAUCAAAGUUAUUUGAUUAACCAAGUCAAAGUGGGCUCAAUAUAAGUAUUCAACCCACUCUGUAUGGUCUUUUUGUGCCAUCAUCAACAUUCCAAAUUUUUUUGUGCCAAAAUCAUUUUUUAUCAUGUUUUUUAUAUAUUUAAGUAUAAUGCAGUGCUCUAUGGUUGCCGUUGAUAAUGUCGCUUGUUAUUAUUUUAAUUAGGGAAAUUUAAAGCCCGAUGCAUGACAUGUUUAUAUCAGUAUUGUGUAUUCAGGAGCUAGGUUUGAUAAAUGUAGAUAAAGAUGCAGUCAUUUCAUCAGAUAAAGCUUUAUCAGUAGUCACACAUUUUAAUCUCUUUGAUUAUAAAUUACAACUGUGGGAAGAGAUGUCUUCCCUGUCUUAUAUUUGAACAAAAUUCAUCCCGGAGAUUUUAUGAUGUCCAUCAGCUUGUGUAUAUCUUAUCAUUUAUAUUUUAAAACCCAGUGAUUUCUUCCUUUUAUUACCAGUAUCUAUGCACUUCCACAAGUAUAUCAACCCAGCACAAACUUAACAUAACACCCUACAGGACCCUAAUUUUACUGUAUAUGAAACACUUUGGUACAUAACUAUUAUUAUUGCACCCUGCACCCAAGUCAUCGCCGGCUAUUCUGUGAUAUUAUCUUACAAUACUUGCGAGGGUAACUCUUAAGGUUGUAAUUUUAAGCUUAUGGGUACUUCUCUGCUUAAUAUUCAUGACAAACCAUAUUGAAAAUGUUAAUGUAUACUGCUGACAUAUCUUGUGAUACAAUGUACAUUGCUAUAUACUGAUAUUACUUUCUGUUCAUCACAGUAUUCAUUCAUGUAAAUGAUGGUAUUUGCCAAUAUGCUCAAGAUAUAUGCACAUUUUUUAAGCUUUAUCUAUAUUUAUAAAUACAUGUAUGUUACAUGCACCUGAUGAUUUCAGAUGAUAGAAUAAUCUUGUAUCAAAAAAAAAUCAAAUUCUAUUUUUAUGUAUAAAACAGAGAAUAAAUACAUUUAUAAAAUCAA